AUGGCGCGACGUUCAGCCCGGCUGCAGAAGCCUGCAGAUGUUGCCGCCAAAGCAGACGACAGUUUCACAACAGCGCAAGAAAGCGUGUCGCUAACGGAGCUACCGUCGCUGCCCGAGUUUCCCGAACUCCCUGAGCCUGCCCCCACGAAGACGCCGCGAAAGGUGGUUGCGCAGUCGCAGACAGCUGCUACACCGACAGCGUCCAAGAGCAAGUCACUGCUGCCCGCUGCCAGCCGCACCCCGAAGAAUCGCACGCCCAUUAAGCCUGCCGGCGAGGAGAUGCAUCCAGCGCUGCAUCACGCUACCACAGCAAAGAUUCGGGACGAGGCGCGUUGGUUGGGCUUCCAGUCGCUGGGUUCUCACACGGCACCGCCAAAAGCAGCUGCUGGCAUGAGCCACGGAACGCCUUCGAAGACGCCUGUGCCUGCGUCCACCAACAAGAUCCUCGGCCCCGACUCGUCGCCCGACUUCCACUUCCGCUUCAAGGCCCCGCUUUCCACCGAUUUGAAGGGCGUCAAGCAGGCUGAUGCAGGCCUGAGCCCGAGCACGCGCAAUCUCUUGCAGAGCACCCCGCGCAAGAAGGCGGCGCCCAGCGGCAAGAUGGCGCGCUUCAGCGACGUGCACAUGGCUCAGUUCAAGAAGAUGGACUCAAUCGCGAACCAUGCGUCGGCUUUCCGCGCAGACCCCAGCCGAUUCAAGCCAGUGGGUGGUCCAUCGUUGAAGAAGACGCCUUCCAAGCCGGACCUGGCGAAACCGGAGUCGAGCAGGUUGAAGCGUACACAGUCGAAGAUGGACCUGGCUGAGUCCGCUGCAAGCAAAACCGCCUCCACGCCGUUGAAGCGCCCGCAAUCUACCGUUCGCCCUGGUCCUUCUACACACGACCGCGAAGACAGACCAGGCCCAAGCACAAAGCGUGUCAAGAGAACCGAAGCUGACGAUGCUGCUUCCACUCGUCCCGUCUCUCGUGAUAGCGAGGCUGAAGCUGCGUCUGUGGCUCCUACUCCCACCCCAGCCCGUAAAAUCACUUCCCAGACUGCGCUGCCUCGCCUUGCCGAUAGGCUCAUGACGCCUACCAAGUCCUCCAUGGCACGUUCGCAAAGCGUCAAGGUCGCAAGGUCAACGUCUAUGAUUCCCUCUGUGCAGCAGGCACCCUCUACAAGCAACAUGUUCUCCCCUACCAAUGUAGCGAGGGCUAUGCGAGACAGCGCCCGUGACAGUAUGCGCAAGUUCUCAAAUGAUCCUCAGAAGGUCGCAGAAGGCACGCACAUGUCUCCCCCACCCGCUUUCACCUUUGAGAGGGCCUUCCCUACUGUACCUGCCACGGCUCCUGCCAAGAAGCAUGUCAACUUCUCGAGCAGCACGGUGGAGCGGGCAAUCCACGACGAGCUGGGCAAGUCUCCAUCGCCUAUGAAGUUCAAGGCUGGUGGUGAAGUGCCUGCUGGAGCCGUCAUUUAUCCUAAUGUACAGCCAAGCGUUCAGUAUCCAGACCUUCCUCGAGUCGAUGAGUCGCCCGUCGCUUCGCCCUCACGGCGUUUGACAUUUGGUGAUGAGACGGCUACCCACCCACGCCAAUUCUCAUUUGAGUCUGGCAAGCGUGCAGUUUUUGGUCCCGCAUCAACCGGCACUAUUCGGAUGGUUCGUCCAAGCGAUGCUUCAGCCCCUCUCGACGGAACCAAGCGAAAGCUAGAGAGUGUCCAGGAGGUUUCUGAUAAGGAGAAUGAUGGACCUGAUGAAGACGACAUGCGUUCCCGGAAGAAGAUGAAGCCCACCCCUGCGCCGCCAAAGACACCCGCCAGCACCAGCAAGCUACCUCGUCGUACUCCCGGCCGUACUCCCAGCCGUGGAAGCGCUAUCAGCAAGUCCAGACUCGCUUUUCUAGCCACUCCUAAGCGGAGCAAGGCCUGA